CUUAGAAACAAGACAGUGAUCCACCUACAUCCCAAUCCUGGAAACAUCUGUUUUGUAAAUCAUCUCGUCCUCAACUUCAGUACCAUUGAAUCUUCUCUGGGAUGCCAUCCUGAACAUGAACCUGCUUUCUGGGGGGCUUUGAGAGUCUUUGAGAGGAGUUGGAUGGGCCAGAAGGGCUUAGUGGACCAAAGCCACCUGCCUGCUGGGAGCCAGGAUUCAGGUCGCAAAAUCUAAAGGAACCCCUGUAUGCUAUUGUUUCCUUCUAAGUCAUGUCUGCCGAUUGUGAGUCUGGGAAAAGUACUUUCAAAACCUGUAUUUUCGCCCUCCUUAGUAAAUUCAUCCCUGUAGCGGUUAAUAAACUGCCAUGCAAGAUUUAAGUCUGCUCCGAGAAAGUGAACAACUGUUUUCCCAACCCCUUACAUCACAAUCCCCCUUUUGGUUCUGGCACAGAGUUCUUGCUGCCGAGGUUCCCUAGGAUUUUUAGCUCAGCCCCUGCCCUGGAGCUGCAGAAGGGGAGCCCCCGUGGGAGAGGACUAAGGGGGAGGGGUGUGGCGCGCGCCUCUGCUCUGAGCACCCCCACCUUGGUUCAAACGACCCGACCCUGGGGGUUGGUGGAGAGAGGAAGAGGGAGAGAAGGUAGCACCCUGCCUCCCUCCCAACUCCAAGCCGCCCAGCCCCAUGGUCCCCGCCGCCUGCGUGCUGUUCUGGGCCCUGCUGCUGAGUCUGGGGCCCCGGGCGGCGGGGACCCAGGACCAGACCCCGACCUCUAUCCCGACGGGGACGCAGGGGGUCACCUUACGCUUUGGGGGCCCAGCCCGCAGCCGGAACACUGGCGGCACUUCCCAGUCAAGUGUUCCCCGUAAGACAAAGAUAAUUCUGGAGGAUGAGAAUGACGCAGUGGCCACCGCAGACCGCCUAGCAGGCCCGGCAGCAGCUGAGCUCCUGGCCACAGUGACAGGCAUGAGCAGGUCAUCUGAAGCUGGCUUUGGUGAGGAUGAGGAUGGGUCUUUGGAAGAGGGGGUCGUUAUUGAUGCCAGAAAGAAUAACACCAAUGAAGGGACUCGCACUAUAACUCCUAAUACAGUGGGAGGUUCCAGCACUGGGAGGUUUAUAGCCAACAAACAAGAGUCAGAAAUCAGACUGACUACAAGCCUGCCACCCGCCACUUCGCGUUCUACUGGGGACGUGGUGAACACCGAGGCCUCCCUGAACCGGUGGUCAACAGCUGGGUCUACACCCAGCGGGUGGCCAUCAACCUCACGCACAGCCAUGCCACCUCCUGAGGAUCUGCGACUGGUGCUGAUGCCCUGGGGCCCAUGGCACUGCCACUGCAAGUCAGGCACCAUGAGCCGGACCCGGUCAGGGAAGCUGCAGGGCAUUUCUGGACGACUUCGAGUUGGAGCACUGAGACAAAUACGAACAGAACAUCGGCCUUGCACCUACCAGAAAUGUCCCUGCAACCGGCUCCGGGAAGAGUGCCCCCUGGACUCAGAUCUCUGUUCUGACAGCAGCUGCACCACCACUCAGACCACCACCACUUCUCCCAUGCCCCCGAUCCAACUCAGACGCAGACCCCUUCCACCUCCCCCCAGCCCCAGCCCAGCUCUGAUUUUUUGGAAAAAAGUCAGAAUGGGCUUGGAGGAUAUUUGGAAUAGCCUCUCGUCAGUGUUCACAGAGAUGCAACCAGAUCUCUGUAUGUUGCCUAGGCUGGUCUCGAACUCCUGGGCUCAAGUGAUCCUCCCACCUCAGCCUCCUGAGUAGCUGGGUCUACAGACACACAGAAACCGGAGGUAAUGGCCACUUCAUCCACAAGAGGAGGUGUCAGCAUCUCAACCUCUCUCCUUUCAAUCCCAGCACCCACUAGAUAUUUUUAGUACAGAAAAACAAAACUGAAAAAAAUAUUGUUUGGUCUUGUGUCUUUUUACAGAAGUUCUUGAGGGAAGAGACCAUAAAUCUCUUCAAUCCUAAAACUGAACUUCAUUGCCUCUGGCUUGUUCCCCUAUACAGGUCCCCCAGGACAAAAUGUUGACACCUUAUUUCCAAUAUUGUUUUCAAACAAGUACUCUGAAGACUUUAAAAUACCCAAGUGCCAAGGAAAGGGAAUAGGAAGAACAAGGAGUCAAGCCCUUCAAAGAUGAUGGUGGUUUCUCCUUGCCUUCUCAAAACUUUGCCCCCUCUCUUCAGAAAAGGCAAUGUUGGUACAAAAUUCCAUCUCAGCCACUCUAGAGGAGUUAUCUUCAUCAACCACAUAUAUCGUUUAAUCCAACACACCUGUAGUGAUUACUCUGCAACUAUUUUGCUUACAUUUUUUAUUUGAAAAAUGUAUUUAAAAGUUCAACAAUUUUAAUAUAAAUUAUGACUCUCAAACCCAUUCCUAUCACUUUAUUGUUAAAGUGAUGGUAGCAUACACAAGAGAAGGAAGGCAGCUCAAGGCAAGAGAGCACCGAAGAGAAGAUGUGUCCAAAGAAUAUAUUAGGAUGUGCCUAGAGGUCAGGAGUCCCCCCACCUUUCUACCCUAUCCUGUUAACCCUUUAGAUCUCUAGUCUUAACCCACAGGCCACUGAGUUCCUUUAGGGCUAUUUUCAGAGCAACUAACCUGACUAGAACAGAGUGAACUGGGAAUGUAUCUCUAUGACCAAUCUUAGGCCCUAAAAAACUGCAGGAAGUAUAAUGAAAUUUGAAAAAAUUAAAACAUCAGUCACUGUAGGUGGGGCAAACUGGAUGAAUGGUGGAAUCAGCAGAGUGGAUACAACUUCCACAGUCCUGACCCCACUACCAUAAAAACAAGGUUCCUAUUACAGAGCUAACAUGAGAUUCCAGCCAUCUUGUCUUGGAACAGGCAGGAGCUCAAUAGUCUUGUUCUGCCUUCCUAAUUACCCUGCAAAGAAAGGGUCAGAACAAAAAACACCUGAGAAAACAAAGUGCCUAAAGACCCUGCUCCUACAUUGCUUUUCCAUCUAAAGCAGACUCGAGCAGGCAGGGUGGGGGGGUGGGGGGCGUGUUCCUGGUCUUCAGACAAAACUCCCUGAGUCUUGUGUCUGGUUUUAGGACUAGGGCACAGAAAUAAAGCCUAGAACUUGGGAAGAUAACUAGGGUAUGUCUGCUGCUUUUAUCUCCUCCCUCUCCAAUCCCAAUACAUCCUGUUCCUAUUUUCAUACUGUAGGAACCCCUCUUCCACAGAGCAAGAAUGGAGAAACAUAAUACAUGUUCAUUACAGACAUGAUCCCCUGCAAGCACAAUCAAUACAUUGAGUAAAGAAAAAUUAUGUGCAGCUCUACUGAGCCUACUUUA